AUGGUGAUCGUCCUACAGAGAAGAGACAAUGAAUCAAAAAAUCGACAGCUCUCAUACACUAGAUUACAAAGUGUUACUCGUAAACACUUAAUUAAACUUAUUACACUUACACAGGAACUCGAGUUCGAUGAUACCGUGAACGUGAUAGAUAUGACGAAACGCACGAUGAAUUGUGCCGGUAUUUGGCCAGAAAAUACGAACGAGCCUAAAUUUAUAUUUUUUGCAAUAUAUUUAACAAUACAUUGUUCAUUAGCUGUCAUCGAUAUAUCAAUGAAUAUAACGAAUUUAACUUAUAUCGUUGGAUGUCUAUUGGAAAAUGUAUUCAAUUUGAUGGCGCUAUUGAAAAUAUGCAUUUGUAGGAUAAAAAGAAAGUCAUUAGCAAGAUUGUUGGAAGAUGUCAGAACCGAUUUUAUUAUUGACAAUUAUAAUACCAUUGAUGAAAAAAUAGCUUUUUUAAGUUACAAUAAAUUUAGUCGUAAAUUCGUUAAAUUGACUUUGAUCGUAUGCUUGGCCGGUGCAUGCUCUUAUUACUUCAUGUCGUUGGUGAAUAACGUUGAAAUGGUAAUCAGAAAUUCAUCAUACGGAUACCGAUUGCCAUAUAGAGUAUGGUUGUUAAUCGAGCCAAAAGAUUUGAUAACAUAUAUCUGCCUUUGCUGUUAUCAAUUUAUUAUUAUUCCAAGUAUCGUGUUUGGUUACGUUGGUACUGAUUGUCUUUUCGUUAGUUUGGUACUUCACGUCAGUGGAUUAUUUUCUGCAUUGUCUUGCAAGGUCAAACAUGUAUUGGAUGAUCCAAAUGAUCGACAACGUCGUAUGAAAGAUCUAAUUGUUAAACACGUACGAUUGAUUAGAUUGUCGGAAUCAUUAGAGGAUGAAUUUAAUUUAGUAAUAUUGCAACAAUUGGUUGGUAAUACUUUUCAACUUUGUUUAUUGGGAUACGACGCUCUUGCUAGUACAGCCGAGGGGGAAGGUAGAAUGUUGGUCGCAUUUUUUCUAAUCGUCGCUUGCGUGUUUAGCACACUUCUGGCUUAUUGUUAUAUGGGAGAAUGUCUCAUAAAGGAGAGCUCCGUUUUAGGUGAUGCAUUUUAUCACUGUGAGUGGUACAAAAUUUCAAGAACGGAAAAAAAAUUGAUGCACAUUUGCAUGAUGCGUUCGACGAAAUUUAUGCGACUUACUUCCGGUAAAUUUUGCACCUUGUCACUGAACACAUUUACCGACGUUUUGAAAACAUCAAUGGCUUAUUUUUCGGUGCUACGGACAUUCGUUUGAAAAAGGAAUCAAAUCGCCUUCGAUUUAAUAUAUUUAACGAAUUGCAUAUACCAAUACAUAUACAUAUAUAUAUUUAUAUAUAUGUAUAUAUAUAUAUAUAUAUAUACACGUACUAUAUGU